AUGUUUUCUCUUCCACGCAAGCGCCGUGUGGAUGACGACGAGGAGGAUAACGAGGGAUGGCGAAUCGUCUAUGCAGAGGAUAUCGACGAGCGGAGAGCUGAGCUACUGCGCCGUCUGGAUUUGAAGACUUCCGGUCCCGCCAAACUGGUCAACCCCUGGGCGAGCCAUGGAACUGAGCUGCCACGCGGCGCUGCUCCGGAGCUUGAUGAAGAUGCUGAAGGUCCCAGUCCGACUGGCAGCGGUAGCGGCGGCGACGGCAGUGUCUACGGGACGGACAUGCGGGAUCCGGGGAUCAUGCAGGGGCCGGGCAGCUGCAUGACCACCGCGCACGGGGCCACGGGGGCCCCGACCGGCGCCGCUGGUGAGAUGUCCCACAUGGCUCUUGGCGGCGGUUUGCGGACACUUAGGCGUGCCGCAUCCGGAGGCCAGGAGCCGGAACGGGAACGGUAUGCACAGGGCCGCCAGCAGCAGCACGGCGGGCGGCGGGGCUCUGCGCCUGCAGCCACGGCAGCAGCGGCAGCGGUGGCGCAAAUGGACCAGCUGCUUCGGGAUCUCAAGCGCUCCAUCGAUGGCGGUGCCGGGGCCCCAGGCAGCAGGGACGGCGACGGCGACCACAGCGCCACUCCCGGCUUCGGUAUGCAACUGGCCUGCGACGCAACUAUGGCAGCGGCGGCAGCCCCACCUGGCGAUUCAGGACACCCGCGCGGUUCAGCAUUGCUCCUCGUGCAUGGCAUUGACGGUGCGGAGGCAGAGGACGCAGUAGUGUCAGGGCUGCCAGCUGCAAGGCAACCUGUCUCCCCCGCCGCAGCAGCGACAGCAGCGAGCCCGUAUGCAGCGCUGCUGGGCUCGCCUGGGGGCUUCGGAAGCGUGGGCCGGGGCCGCAAUGGCGGUGGCAAGCCAUGUUUUUCUGCUAGCGCCGGCCAGGGGCCGCUAUCACCGCGUCCGGGGUUUCACUCAAGCAGCGCCCACCGCAGCACAGCCCGGACUGGACGCGGCGGACUGGGCGCCCUUCUGCCCCCGUCUGGCGGCUCUUCCGCUCUUAACUUCUCCUCUUCUCAAAAGGGCAAGAAGGCCAAGUUUGUCAUUCGCGAGGCGCCCAACUUGGCGCAGGAUGCCAGCGCCAGCAGCUUGAGUCAGGGGGACCUUGCGCCGGCGACGCAAGCCGGCACCGAUAUCGCCGGGAGCGGGAAGAAAGGGCGGGAAGUUGCGCUUUCACCCGCGCCCUUCCGAUCUCACAGCGGCGGUUCGGGGAAACUGGCAGCUCUUCUGGGCUCUGGUCCACCGCCGCCGUCCUCAGCCGCUGCCGCCAAGCCCCCAACCAUCAGCAGCACGCCGAUGGGCCGUCGCCUGCAUUCCAUCGCUGCGGCUCCCUCGCCGCUGACCAACAACAAAACCCCGAGUUCCGCUACCAGCGGCGGCCUCAUCGGUAUCCAUACCCGGCGCGUGUCCCUCAACACCGCCGAUGCUGCCGCGACUACGCCUCCUACGCGACAGGGCCUUCCACGAGAUACCCCAGCGACGACUGUGGGGUCGGUGGACCAUGGGACUGGUCCUGUUGGAAUGGCAGUCACUCCGGGUACCACCGCGCGCGGUGGCAGCAGCGGCGGUGGUGCCGCCUCUGUUGCACGUCUUCAAUCCACACCGCGUGCAAGCAACCCCCCGGCGUCCCUACGGGAGCUGCUGCUGCCGCCACCGCCGCCGUCGCGACCAUCCACUAACACGACGCGCGCUGUCGCUGUUGGUGUCGCCGUGCCGGGGCCCGUGCCACCAGCACAGCGUGAGGAAGCUCACCUUCAGCUACCGGAUGCAGCCGGCGAAGUGCUUCAUUCGCUCGGUAGGGAACAGGGCCAGCCCGCUGAGCACCUUCAUGAGCAGCCGCUGCCGUUGCCACCGCCACCUUCGCAUCAGCCGCAGGAGCAGGAGCAGCAGCAACAUGGGGAUGGAAACCGGUAUGGCCAACCCCUGGGACAAAGGGACACGCGGGAUCAGCCGCUGUCGCUUCAUCAUCAUCAUCAUCAUGAGCAGCAGCAGCAGCAGGCCACACCGCCUGCAUCCCAGCACCAGCACCAGCGUUUGCAGCAAGAGCGGGCCAACCUUUUGGAGCUGAUGGGCCAGCAAUCGCACCGUCAGCGGGAGUUCGUGCAAAAGCUGGGACCGCCAGCACCACCGUCGGCACUGAGCGCCGGUCGGCGCGCCGGAAGCAGCGGCCGGGGUGGAGCAGCUACGGCGGUGGGGCUGCAGGGACGGUUGCAGGCUGUCCUGGCAAACCUCAAGCUAUCUUUAGACCGGGAGGCAGGGGCUGCAGCGUCCGGCCGGCCGCAGCUACCAACCCCUGCCGGGAGCCUCCUUGUGGAGGUGCGCCGCCGAAUGCGGGAGGCCCAUCUGACAAAGGCAACCUGCACGGUACGACAAGUGUACGAUGUGUGCGGUGCUAGUACCAGCGCAAGAUCACAGGUCGCAUUGCCUGCUCAGGAGGUUGCGGUGCUGCCACUGCCGCGAUCACACCCCCAUGUGGGCGAGGAGGUGCAUGUAUUCCUAGACUCGAAGCGUGGCGACUGGGGUAUUGAGCCGGGGGACAGCUUCCUUGUCCUGCCGCCGUACAAGGUACUUUAUGUCCGACAAAAAGGUACAGGGUUGCAACAGGAAGAUCCGGACGUUUGUGGCGAUGGUAGGGAAGGACCAAUACAUGGCCGCGGCAUGGGGUUGGCACGGGAUGCCGGGGAGCGUGUCAGUGCCAGUAUGGGGACGGCGACCUUGGGCGCCAGUGGCGAAGGACUGGGAGAAGAGCCGAAUCUGGAGAUCGGGAAUUCGGGCGGGCAACUGGUCGUGUUGGCGCACCUGGCGCGCCGGUACGAUGGUACCGUGUCAUGA